AUGUCAUCGCCAGGGUCCAAGCUCCCUCUGCUGCUCUAUGGCAUCCUCCUGUGCAGCUCCUUUGCUCCGCUGCCAGUCAUCAGCAGUAGGAGACGGAGCAUAGUGAGUGGCGUGCCAGCGUCGCGGGACAGCGCCAGCUCCUGGGACAAGAGGGAGGAGACAGCUAGAGACGGAGAAUACCUGCUGGGGAUAAAGAGACUGAGAAGGCUUUACUGUAACGUGGGCAUUGGCUUCCACAUUCAGGUCUUACCGAACGGCAAGAUCACAGGCGUGCAUAAUGAAAACAGAUACAGCCUUCUAGAAAUGUCCCCCGUGGAGAGAGGAGUGCUGACUCUGUUUGGAGUGAGAAGCGGCCUCUUCAUCGCCAUGAGCGACAAAGGGAAACUCUACGGCUCGGGCCACUACAACGAUGAAUGCAAGUUCAAGGAGAAUCUCUUGGCCAACAACUAUAACGCAUAUGAAUCAGCUGCCUACCCCGGCAUGUACAUCGGCCUCAGCAAGACCGGAAAGACCAAAAGAGGCAACCGGGUGACACCCACCAUGACCAUGACACACUUCCUUCCCAGGAUAUGA